AUGGGACUUCAUCUUCUUCGUUGUACUGCUUAUUUAUCAAAUUAUAAUUAUUUACAGGCAAUAUUAAGAGAAAACGCGGCAUAUAAAUCCUUUUUAGAUAUAUGCCCGUUAAAAAUACUUGGAGGCGUUGAAGCAGAUAUUACACAAAUUCCAUACCAGGUUGCACUUAGGCAACAGAAUUGGUACGGUGUGUCAUGGUCGUCCUUUUGUGGUGGAUCUUUAAUUACACUGAGAUACGUACUAACUGCUGCGCAUUGCUUUAUAUUUUCAGAGUAA